AAUCUGUAUUCCUCAUUUGGAGCAACUCUGGAGAGGGAUGAUGAGAAGAAUUUAUGGAGCAUGCCUCAUGAUGUGUCCCACACAGAGGCAGACGACGACAGGAUCUUGUACAAUCUGAUAGUCAUUCGUAAUCAGCAGACCAAAGACUCCGAGGAGUGGCAGAGACUCAACUAUGAUAUCUAUAGUCUGCGGCAGAUUCGCAGGGAAGUGAGAAACAGAUGGAGGCGAAUCUUAGAGGACUUGGGUUUUCAAAGGGAAGCCGACUCUUUGCUGUCAGUGACCAAACUCAGCACCAUGAGUGAUUCUAAAAAUACGAGAAAAGCCCGAGAGAUGCUGCUGAAACUGGCCGAAGAGACCACCAUCUUCCCAGCCAGCUGGGAGCUCUCCGAGAGGUAUCUCUUGGUCGUGGACCGUCUUAUUGCUCUUGAUGCUGCCGAAGAGUUCUUUAAAAUUGCUAGCCGAACUUACCCCAAGAAGCCUGGGGUCCCUUGCUUGGGAGAUGGCCAGAAAAAACUGCACUACCUUCCAUUUCCAAGUCCCUAA